GGUAUCACCGCAGUCGACAAGUGUAUGGCUUCGCCCUCCCAGGGUAUCUCAUGUUUCUGACAGUCAGCUGUUGCAGGAAAGUUUGAUCGGUCUUCUUUUUUUUCCCCCCCCUUCAGCGCUCUCUUUCAGUCCUUAAUCUCUUCUAUCGACACAAAAGAAAAGGAGAAAAGUCUUCCGGCACCCAAACUUCCGCAACUAUCGGCAUGAGUUUGAACGAGCACUCGCUGCAGGCGCUGUCAUGGAGGAAGUUGUACUUAAGUCGAGCCAAACUCAAAGCCACCAGCCGCACUUCAGCCCUUUUGUCAGGCUUCGCCAUGGUUGCCAUGGUAGAGGUACAGCUGGAAAGGGAUUAUACUUACCCCCCAGGGCUGCUGAUAGCAUUCAGUGCCUGCACCACGGUGCUAGUGGCAGUGCACCUGUUUGCGCUCAUGGUCAGCACCUGCAUCCUCCCUAAUCUCGAGGCCGUCAGCAACGUUCACAACCUCAACUCGGUGAACGAGUCGCCACACGAGCGCAUGCAUCGCCACAUUGAGCUGGCCUGGGCCUUUUCCACCGUCAUCGGCACCCUCCUGUUCCUCACCGAGGUGAUGCUGCUCUGCUGGGUCAAGUUCUUGCCCCUUAAGAGCAACACGGAGAACAACGGCACCAUUAGUUCCGGCGAAGCCGCAGCCAUCGCGUCCACUUGCAUCAUGGUCCCUUUCGGAUUGGUGUUUAUCGUCUUCGCCGUUCACUUUUACCGCACGCUCGUCAGUCACAAAACGGACCGGCAAAUCCGAGAACUGGAGCAGGUGAUCCGGCUGCAGAACCAACUGGACCACAGGACGGAAAACGACGAGCUGAAGGCCGCAGGCCAUUUCGCUUGACCGAUGUGCUUGCUUGGAAGAGCUGGGGGGGACAUUUCAGCCAUGCUUUUAGUUAAAGGAAGAUUAUUUUAUUGUCUUUUUUUUUUAUCUGCACUGAAGCUUCGGCGAGUUAAUUCUCACAUUUUUGCGCGUUUUAGUCGGAAAAAAAAUUCUGUCCUUAGGUCAUGCUGUGUUUGUUUACUGCGGCUAUCACAAAGACGUCCAUACUAGUGAUAGUUAUAGCAAUCGAUGCGUCACUAUUGUUGGAAUGAAGGAGUUACAUGCAUUAUACAGUGUGAAAUUAGCUUUAUAUGCACUUUUGGAAAAGUAGGUCAGUGGCGCAAGCAUAAUUGUGUAGUUAAAGUUAAAAUACCAAUGAUUGUCACGCACACACUAGGUGUGGCAAAAUUCUGCAUAUUGACACAAGCGAUACCUGACAAAGGACAGUUUAUUCACAAUGUUACAUGUGGAAAAGAAGUGUGUGUGGAAUGAAUAUCCAAGUCCAAAGCAAAUACCUGAAGCAGAUGUUUACAGCUUUACUGUAUAAGUCUAUACAAGACUCUUUCAACUUUGGAGCAAAGGCUGGCAGCUCAGUGUAAUAUCUAAAAAGGGCAAAAUGGAAAAAAUAUCAUCACAUAUUGUACAGUCGACAACAGGGGUGCCCAUUACGUCGAUCGCGUGCUACCGGAUGAUGGAGGAGGGUGUGUCAGUCUAUCGCCAGCCAGGCAUAAAAAAAAAAUAGACCUAAAAUUUAGCGAUCAUCAAUCUUCACCAAGACGUCACUUUAUUGACAUUCACGGCACCCGAGGGUCUUCUGAGAUGACGCUGGCAUCCGCAAGCUCAGUAUUGAGAAAAAAUGACCGACAGGAAGGCGAGAAACACUUCUUAUUUCAACAGACUCUCACACCGUACCUGCCGUCGAAACUAAAAACCGACUGCACAGUUCCUGUCUUGGCAAUAAAAGCGCUGCUUCAUCCUUCCUGUGCUAACAAGAGUCCCAGAAAGCUGGCGUGCACAAGCUAGCAAGCUACGGAGUUUGCCGCCAAUGUAUUUCUUGUAAAGUGUGAAAAGGAGUAUGGAAGCUGGACAAAUAAGAUGCCAAAAACCAACCACUUACAGAAAGGAGGACUUAUUUUCUCCUCCAUUCAAAAAUGCGGAUGUUAUCAGCACUACUGUCUGGUUCCAAUCCAUGCAAGUCAUCAGAAUCAGGUAAUACACCAACUUCUAUUCUUAUCUUCAUGAAAGAAAGGAUAUGUGUUAAACAUGCUUGUAUUAUUGUUAAACACCUUUAACUUGUUAACAAAAUUGUCUCUUUCAUAAAUAAAUAAAUGUAAAUUAUAUAUAUAUGAAUAAGGUAGAUCCUCUCCACUUGGUCAAUUGAAAAGUAGCUCACCUGCAGAAAAAGUGUGCACACCUCUGGUCUACACUAAAAUCCACUAAUAAUCAGUCCCUUCAGGAAUUUGCGAUGAUUCUCACGAUUGUGCCAAUUCACAGUUUUUCGACCAAACCUCAUGAAUUAUGUGUGGUCUCAAACACACAAGUCAACUGUUUAAUCAAAACUCAUGCUUAUUUCUUUGUAUACCAAGCAGAAAAAACAUGUAACUAUGUACUGAACACAAAUAUAAACCCAACACUUGUUUUUGCUCCCAUUUUUCAUAAGUUGAACUCAAAGAUGUAAAAAUGUUACUAUAAAAGACAUAAGCCUCUCAAAUAUUGUUUACAAAUCUGUGUUAAUGAGCAUUUCUUUGUUGCCAAGAUAAUCCAUCCCCUGAUUAAACAGCAUGAUUAUUGCAUAGGUGUGCCUUAGGCUGGCUACAAUAAAAAAAAAAAGGCCACUCUGAAAUGUGCAGAGUUGCUUUAUUUCAGAGCCUGCGGGUCGGUUGCCAGGAAGGGACCCGCGAGAUGGCCUGCCUCUUAUUUACCAACAAAAAUCAUUGCCAUAGAUCGCUCAUAACAGUUCACAAAUGCUCAUAACGUGCAGGGAGGAAUGUGUUGGAACAUAAGUGAAUGUUUAAGAUGGACAAACACCAAAAUACACUUACAAUGUGCAACUUGUAGAUGACACAACAGACAGGGAACAGUAAAGAAGGCUUUCGUGGUGUUUCUUUCUGUAAUUAUAAUUAUUACUAUUAGUUAUAAUUAAUCUAAUAGUACAGUAAUUUGACUGAGUACUGAGCAGGUGAUUGUACUGCCACCUAGUGUCUACUUUUAAGUCUGUGUGGUAUUAAACGAAAUUCUGUGUUUUUAGGUUAAUAAUACUAAUAGAUUAGAUUUAAAUAGCAUUCUUCUAUCGACUAGUCCAGGGGUCCCCAAACUACUGCCCGCAGUCCAGAUACUGCACGCCAGCAUCAAAAAUCCGGCCUGCAGGAAGUCCCAAGUUGAAUAAAACUCAUAUAUAUAUAUAUAUAUAUAUAUAUAUAUA